GGACUCCAUUUACACUACCAAGAUCGUAGAUUUUAAUGCAAAUAAAAAAUAAAAUGGAUCUCAGAAGGCCACCACCCAUGCAGAGCUUACCCACCUCCAAAGAUCGCACUAAGUACUACGAUUUCCACCAAGAUCACGACCACACUAUAGAAGAAUGCAAUAGCUUGAAGUCCAAACUCGAAGGCUUGGUUCUAAAAGGAAUGUUGAAUGAGUUCAUCCCUAACAAGGACCACCCUAAGUUUGCCCCACCUUCGCUCCCUACACCAGCCAGAAUCAUUCACAUGAUAAAUGGGGGGUUAGAGGCAGGAAGGAUGAGCUCAAAGCAACAAGAACUCUAUGUGAGGGAGGUCAAACAUCAAAACCAAGCUCAGAAGAAGAAGUUCGACGAUGAAGAGUGGAAGAACCAACAACAUUCACAUCGGUUGACCUCGGUAGCGUCGUUACACCCCAUAGUGACCCGUUGCUCAGAAGAGACAUUUGUUCAAUGGGGAGAGGCUGCAAGCCAUCAGAGAGGAGGUGCAAAAACUUUUACAGACAAGUUGGUAGAAGUUGCCUCAGGAAAUGAAAGGUUGAGUCUCUUAGAUGCUUACUCGGGGUAUCAUCAAGUUCAUAUGACAUCUGAAGACGAAGUGAAGACCUCAUUUUAUGCGGGGGAUGAAAUCUAUGGUUAUGUGAAGACGCCAUUUAGGCUCAAGAAUGCAGGAGCAACAUAUCCGAAAAUGGUAACAAUCGUAUUCCAAGCUCAGAUAGCAGAAAUCUGGAGAGGGAUAGAGGUCAAUCUUGAAAAUAUAAAAGCGAUAGAGGAGAUGAAGUUGACGAGGUCAACCAAGGAUGUGCAGCGUCUAACUAGACGGGUAGCAGCUCUGCACAGGUUCAUCUUUAAAUCAACAGACAAAUGCUUGCCUUUCUUCAAGGUUCUGAGAACUACAGCUCAAAGAGAUAAGAUGGGAAAACCCAAGAAGUUUGAUUGGACUGCAGACUAUCAAACAACCUUUGACGAGCUUAAAGCCUACCUCAACUCACCACCUCUACUAACUAAGGCUGAAGAGGGUGAAAUUCUUUAUCUUUACCUUGGAAUAUCUGAUACAAUUGUAGAUUUUGCAGAAACCAGAAUGCUCCGAAAGACUCAUCAAAUGGGCAGUGGAGCUGGGGGAGUUCCAGAUAACAUUCCAAUAGAGGUCAGCAAUUUGAGCUUAGUCUCUAGGAUGAAGUGUCACUUUGAAAAUUUCCAACUUACAAAGGUCCUAAGAGCAGAGAAUGAACAUGAAGAUUCUUUGUUAAAGUUAGCAUCCGAUAGCUCAGGGGGAUACAUGAUACCAAACCAGAUCAUUGCUGAUAAUGGUCUUCAAUUUAAUUACAACUCCUUUAAAGAUUUAUGCUCCAGUUACGGGAUAAAGCUAGUGUUCACUUCAGUUUAUCAUCUCGAGACCAAUGGAAUGGUUGAAUCAGUUAACAAAGCCAUUCUAGAGGGAAUUAAGCUAAGCUUAAGGGUUAGCCAUUUUGAACCAACUCAAAAUGAGCAACUAUUUAGAGAAAACCUUGAUUUCUUAGACGAAGUCCGCGAGCAAUCCCAAUUUCAAACGCUUGCAUACAAGCAGAAGGUAGCCAGAUUUUACAAUAAGUGGGUUCGACCUCGAAGCUUCAGAAUCGAUGACCUAGUUCUAAGAAGGGUCGGGCUCAUAAGGUUCAAGACCCAUUUCAGCAAGCUAGCACCGAACUGGGAAGGCCCAUAUAUUGUAACUGAAAUCCCACACCCUAGUGCCUACAUUCUCCAAUAUUCUGAGGGCAAGAGAGUGCCUAGGAUUUGGAAUGUCAACAACUUGAAGAAAUUAUACCUUUGAAAGUUUCCCAUUUCACUACUUGUAUUAAACAUCCUUCUUUUGCAACAUUUGAUGUCCUAAUAAAGUUAAGGGCGAAGU